UAUAGCUGACAUCAGAUCUAUGACCUGCUCUGCCAAACGCACACACACUCAUGGGAACACACACACACACUCAAUAGAGCUUCUCCCCUGGUAAUAAUGACUGCAGUUUUGGAUCCCUCCAGGCCGUUCUCUGCAGACCUACAAGUCAUCAGACGGUUGAACUCCAGUCUCUACGGGGCUGGUGGCAGAGAAACUGGACGUGCAAACUCUCCUUACGCUAGAUUUCACCCCCCUGCAGAGCACGUCGCCCUGGCUCCCUUACGAGACGACGUCCCCUUGCUGGAUCCUUGCUGCGGUCAGCUCAGCGCCGGAGCAGAGGUGGACCUGGGGGUCAAAGGUCGGCAUAAAUUCAUAGAUUUCCAUCAUGUGGCCUCUGCUCUGCGGGUCCCUCCAGGUUCCAGAGAGAGGCCGCAAACAGUCUCAAACCCUGCUGGCAUCUGUAUAGAUUGGAGAGAAGACAAGGCCUGGAACUCCAGGAGGAUCCCUGAUGCAGUCUUAAGAGCAAGACUCAGUGGUUCAAGCAGUCCAGUUAAAGUUCAAACACAUCCUCUGAGGACGUCAACUAAAGCAACUUCGCACAGCAGUUUCCCUGAUAAACACAGUGGACCUCAGGACGGCUUCUCUUCUGAUCCGAGACUGUGGACGGACAACUCACCUGCAGUUCAACGCUUCAGAUACACCUCUGCAACACAAAGGAGUUAUGAGGAAGUUAACUGGGAUACAAAGUUACCCCGGCGCUUGAAGGCACCAGAAACGACCCUGGAGACAAAGGCAGACCCAGUGAGCGAGCGUCCCUCAUCCAGGCGCUAUGCUGGCCGACCUCAGCUGUGGCAGUCUGUUGGAGCUGAGUGGAACAGACAGCAGCUUCGAUCGAGGAAUGAUGCCAAGAAACCAAUUUCAUUCUGCAGUAGAUGUCCAAAGUCAGGUCAGAUCCCUCAGUACACCGGUACGAUCGGCUCUGAGAACAUGGAUAAUAUCGACAAUAUGGAAGAAGACUUUCAGCCUCUGACCCUGAAGAGGAGCAUUAUUCCCCCGUACACGCCUACAGCACGCCGAACCACCAUCCCUGGAUAUGCAGGCAGGGCUGUGUAUGCUAACUCUGCUGCUGAUGCUGCAGCCUAUGUCCCAGCUGUCUGCAGCCCUGCACACUCCUCCGGGACAAUCAAACAAUCCGGGGGACCUACUUUUGGCCAUGCAGCCCCCCUGUCCCGAACGGUGACCACCAUAACACCCUGCAACCCCUUCCUGAGACCUGCGCUUCCUGCCUCACACACAAACACGCGGAGGAGACAUUAGACAAAGCAGAUGAGAAAGUUUUGAGGGUGUCAGCCUUCUUUUUAUGCCAUCCAAUCUGUUUAUAUGAAUACGUCUAUAAUGAUGUGAUGUCAGUGACUGAUUCGGAGUGAGCUGGAGAAUAAUGAGAUGCCCCAUUAUCAUAAUUUCCCUGAUUUAGAUGAGUGGUUUUCUAACUCUGGGUAGUGAGCUCUUGCAUUGUCCUUUUAAACAUUCGCUCACUCGCUCACUGUGUUUGUAUUUCAGCCCACACACUCUGUGUUUCUAUCACGAAGGGCAAAGAAGAAAAUAUUUAGGGAAGUAAGGAUUUUCUGCACUAAUGUUGGAUGUUUAACGGUAUAAAAACUACCAAAGGUAAAAUAGGUCCCUUAUGAGUGACAUUUUAGUAGGAACAGAGAUCAUUUGCUCAGGAAGUACAUGUUAAAGACAGUCUGCAGUCUAUGCACAGAUCAUUUAGAGGUGUUAGUGUGACUGUAAUGCAAAUCGACAUUAUUAAGUGUCUGCCAGCUAUAGCUUUAUGAUUGUGGUUUGUGCAGCUUCACGCUUAGACAGGAAAUAGGGAUGAGCUGGUUUUCCUGUUUCUCUUCAUCUAUAUUUUGUUUAGAUUUACAUUUCGCAAGGAUUUUUACUUGAACACUCUGCUGAUUUUGUGAAGGGUUGAGGUUAGUGUAAUGAUUCUAAUCCACAUCUCAGUCACAUUAUGUCGCAUUUACUCUCAUUAAAGGGGCACUUCAAUGGUUAAGUGUUGCACUUCCAUACAUUUGGGGGGCUCACAAGAGACAGAUUUAAAAAACAACGGUCAAGAAUGAAGCAGCAGAAGCCCAGACAUCCUGACUUUUAGUCUCCAGUAACUCAAAAAGUAUUCCUUCAUUUCUCACAAUGCAGCUCAAAAGCAUUUCAUCAGACUUUAUCAGGGUUAUCUUUUCUUUGGAAAGCUGCCUACAUAGCUACAGAUGACAGUGUACACUUAUUUACACAGGCUGUUUAGUACUCCUCCUGAAGAGCAGUGUUGGGCAAGCUACAGAGAAAACUGUAAUCAAUUACUAAUUACAUAUUACACAUUGAAAACAUUACGUUGGUAGUUACUAUGGUAGGUAGAAGAAUUAACUCAAAAUCCUCUCCACCUUCACUUCACAUAUUCUGUAGUGUAGAAAUAGAAAACAAAACAUGAUUUUAAAGGACCAGUGUGUAGGAUUUAGUGAAAUCUAGGGAUGAAGUUGUAGAUUGCAGCUAACUGAACACCGCUCGCGUCUGUAUUUGAUGACCUUGAGAUUGAGAACGGGCUGUGAUGUGUGUAGGAGAAACUAAAGUCGUCACAAAACUCACAAAAAACAAAAUACAGUAGAAACAUGGUGGACCUGCAGCGUCUGUAGAUAAAAACAUCUCAUUCUAAGGUAACAAAAACACAACCAUUUCCUAUAUUCAGGUGAUUAUACACUAAUGAAAACAUACCUAUGGAUAUUAUAUUCCAUUUCUGCCAAUUGAUCCACCGAAAUGUUCCUCACUGGACCUUUAACAAGCAGCCUGUCUACGUUUUAGAGGUAUUAACUGACCAACAGCUUGAUUAGCCCCAGUGACUGCACAAGGGUUCACACAUCCUCCUAUGAGCAAACACAGGUGACUCUGAAAUGUAGGCCCACACAUUUAAAUACUUUGGGAUAACCGGGAGUCCUGCCUCCCUACACCUCCAACUCCAGCGCCAAGCUAACAUGUCUCAGACCAGGAAAGUCCGUCUGAAUUCAGAGAGAAAACUGAUAUAAAUCCCUCAUCAAAAUCUUUACUGGAUUUAUUGAAAUAACUGAAUUUCAACUUGCAAACCCUUUUACUAAACUGUACUGCCACAUUAAUGUAACAUGUAACUAAGUAAUGCAUUACUGUUAAACACUGGUGACAAUUCAAUUUAAGUUAAAUUUAAAGCUAUUAAACAUACCAACAUACACUGUCCUAUUGUUAAGAUUUAGCCUUUCCUCUGCAUUGUAGUGAAUCUACAGCGUGCACUCUUCCUUCUGGCUUGAUAUCAGCUAACAGCUCUGUUGGUGAUUGACGUCUAGAAACCACCAAUUAAUGCACUGGACAGUCUUGACUUUAAGUUUAAGAUUAAGAGAGCCAGCAUCUCGUUUUAACCACAUUAAUAAAUGAUGGAGGGCUCGGGCGAUUUAGUGAUCAUUAUUUCACCUAUUUAGGAUGUUUAGAGGCCCUUAAAUAUACACUUAAAGGUGUAGUUUGACAUUUGCUUUGUUGCUGAGAGUUGCAUGAGAAGAUUGAUAUCACUAAAUAUAAAGCUACAGCCAGAAAAUGGUUAGUAAAAUCUAUCCUAGCAGCUCCUCUUAAGCUAAAAUAUUAGCUUUUUUUAACUUCCUGUGCUAGCUGUUUCCACAUAUACUGUAUGGAACAACAAAACAAUUAAUUGGAAAUGUACCAAAUUUUGCAUUAGGGCUGUACAGUUAAUCAAAAUAUUAUUGAACUUGCGAGAAGACCAAUAUCCAAAUCGUUGAAGCUGCAGUUUUUAAAUGAAGGUAAAAUGUGUGACAUUACAGCAUUAUAAUGAAGUACUGUAGAGUUCUCCACAUGUAAGAAAACAUGUUUGUCUGGCAGAGAUCAUCACAAAUGUCACGUUCUCGUUUCUUGUUUUUCUGUGAAAUUGUGAUGCAAAAAUUUCCACUAAUCGUGAAUCAUAUCAGUCAAAAUUAUCACAAUGUGAUUCUUUUUUCUUUUUUACCGUAUCACGCAGCCCCAGUUUGUAUGUUUGCUGUUGUGUUUAAAACCAAUAAAACUGCGUGAAAACCUU